GAGACGUUCUCGACGCCUUCUUCCUCACUUUGCAAUUUCCUCGGUACCCGUUCAACAUGAACAACCCCAAGGAAUUCAUCACGGCCGAGCGUGUCUCGUACGUGCACUCGAUCGACAAGGCGGCCGGCGAAAACGCUGAAGAGUAUGAGGCCAACAAGACGCCCGGUGACCUCGAAGACGGCGCGCUCCGUGCCGGUGGUGCCCCGGUGUACAUGUCGGCCGAAUGCCUCUCGAUCCUCUUCCAGUAUGCGAUGAUUGGUAUCGUGUACGGUGGUGUCAACUCGAUGCGGUACGCGAUCGUCACGGGCUACUUCCAGCUCGAGACCAACGUUGGCAACUCGGCCCGAGCGCUCUUGAGUCUUGGCUGGUCGCUCAAGGUCGUCUUUGGCAUGUUUAACGAUUGCUUCCCGAUCUUUGGCUACUCGCGCAAGCCGUACAUGCUCCUCGGCUGGACGCUCUGCUCGAUCGCGCUCCUCGUGAUCGCCAUCAAAGACCCUGGUGAGCAGGGCUCGCAAACCGACGGCCCGGUCUUCAUCCUCCUCGCGGCGCUUGCUGGUUUUUGCUACGUCAUGGCCGAUGUCGCCCAGGACGCGCUCAUGCUGGCGGUGGCCCAGCGCGAGCCCGACGCUGUCCGCGGUCGUCUGCAGUCGUACUCGUACGCGGCGCGCACGGUCUUUUACGGCCUCAUUCAGUUUGUGUGCGGUUACUGCCUCAACUCGAAGCGUUUUGCCGGUACCUUUGACUGGGACAUUGGUAUCAACGGGUACUUUUGGAUUCUGGCCAUCCCGUCGUGCUUGAACGUCGUGGUGAUUUUCUUCUUCGUCAAGGACGAGAAGCGCGCGCGCAUUCCGCUUGGCACGUACUUUGGUCAGUUCUGGACGCUUGUCCAGAAGCGCGCGGUGUGGCAGGUCCUCCUCUUCAACUUCCUCUUUGGUCUCUUCCAGUCGAUCACGUCGACGGCCGGUGACUACAUUGCCUAUUACUGGGCCGAAGUCGAAAACCUCAACCAGCAAAUUGUCGGUGUCGUGAGCCAGUUCCUCUUUGCCGCUGUCCUUACGCUCACGGGUACCUACGGCACGCACUGGAACUGGCGCUUCGUGCUCGUCAUCACGAUCCUCGUUACGUAUGCGAUCGACUCGGUCUGCCAGUUCUGCACAAUCUACGACGUGGUGCGCAACCAGUGGUUCUACCUCGGUGUGCCGCUCAUCGAGACGGUCCCGUCCGGUAUCAACUUUGUCGUUGGAACGUACGUCAUUGUCGAGCUCGCCGAGGUCGGUAACGAAGGCGUCAUGUACGGUCUCUUGACUACGGUGUCGAACCUCCCGGGCACCUUUGGCACGAUUCUCACCAACAUGAUUAACGGUCAGCUCAACUACGGCAAGGACCUCAUCCAUGACGAUGCGCCCGAGACGCGUAACCAAGUCGCCUACUCGUACAUCAUCUCGUACUCGUUUGUCGUCGUCGGCUGCCUCUGGGUGUUCCUCCUCCCGCCGCAGCGUGCGGCCGUCGCCGAGCUCAAGAAGAACGGCGGCAGCUACCCCAAGGUGGCCGCGCUCAUCUUUGUCGGUCUCUUCAUGGUCCUCGUCACGUCCAUCACGGGCAGCAUGAUGUCUAUGUUCGAAACCACCAACUGCUUUAUCCUCGCUGGCGGUGACGACGAUUGCCCAGAAGGCACACCGCAGACGUACCUCGCCAUCAUCUUCGUGCCCGGUGCCAUUGCGGCGCUUGGUGCCGCUUACAAGCUCUUUCUCGCCAAGUAAAUGAGGACCCCGCUAACAACUUUGUAAUCGAAUGUGUCGUGUUUCAACAAGAGUUGCAUACAAGAG